CUGCCCCCGCGUUACUCUGACGGGGUGUUCCAGCCUCUGCAGGAACCACAGCUCCCCAACCCGCGCAAACUCAGCGAUGUGACGGCCAGGGGCCACUCGGGCCUGCCCUCCGCACACAACCAGACCGUACUCUCUGUGUUCUUCGGGUACCAUUUAAUGUUUGAGAUACUGGACUCCCGUCCUCCCGGCUGUCCCCCUGAGUUCAUGUACAUCCCCGUCCCAGAGGGAGACCCGGUCUUCGACCCCCACCGUACCGGCCGUGUCCUACUGCCCUUCCAGAGGGGGCCCUGGGACAAACACUCCAGCCAGAGCCCCAAUAACCCCCGCACACAGGUGAACCUGGUGACAGCAUGGCUGGACGGCAGCUCUAUCUACGGCCCGUCUAGUUCCUGGUCUGACGCCCUGAGGAGUUUCUCUGGGGGUCUCCUAGCCUCGGGGGAGCAGUUGGACAUGCCCAAGAGGAGCGGGAGCACGAGCCUCAUGUGGAGCGCUGCUGAUCCCUCCACUGGUCAGCAUGGACCUGAGGGACUCUAUGAGUUGGGUAACGCCUGGGGCAACGAGAAUGUGUUCACCAUGGCCGAGGGGAUCGUGUGGUUUCGCUACCACAAUUAUAUCGCCUCCCGGCUGCGUGAGAAACACUCGUCGUGGUCUGACGAAGACCUGUUUCAAAACGCCAGGAAGACCGUGGUCGCCACGUUCCAGAAUAUUGCCUUCUACGAAUGGUUGCCUGGAUUUCUGGGGGAGAAGACAAUGAUUCCAUACCAGGGCUACCAGAAGUUUGUGGAUCCAGGGAUCUCACCUGAGUUCCAGGCCGCUGCCAUCCGCUUUGUCUCAACGAUGGCCCCACCUGGUGUCUAUAUGAGAAACAGAACUUGCCACUUUCAGAAGGUUGUCAACAUCGAUGGGAGCACGUCAUCAGCCAUUCGCAUGUGUAACAGCUUCUGGAACCGUCAGAACCCCAACCUGAAGACAGGCCAGGACAUAGACCAUCUGAUUAUGGGCAUGGCUUCUCAGAUCGCGGAGAGAGAGGACAACAUGGUUGUGGAGGACUUAAGAGACUACAUGUACGGUCCUCUGCGUUUCUCGCGGUCAGACCUGGGUCUGACGGUGCAGAGAGGCCGGGACUUUGGCUUACCCAGCUACAACCAGGUCAGAGAGGGGCAAGAGUUUUGGAGAGAAAAGAGAGAAGGAUACUGGGGCCUGGCCCCUGUGGGGAGGUGGGGAGAGAUAAACCCUCAGCUCAACAUCACCAACCCACAGUUAUUCAGGGACCUAUCAGACCUGUAUGAUGGAGAUAUCUCUAAACUGGAGCUGUUUCCUGGUGGUCUCCUGGAGUCUGUGGACGGUCCUGGUCAGGUCUUCUCCUCUAUCAUACUGGAUCAGUUUAACCGCAUCAGGAACGGCGACCGCUUCUGGUUCGAGAACACACAAAAUGGUCUGUUCACAGCUGAGGAGCUGCAGGCCCUUCGGAACACAACCUUUCAUGACGUCAUUGCAGCAGUCACCAGUGCAGAGCCUGAGGACAUACAGAGGAAAGUGUUCUUCUGGAGGGAUGGUGACCCUUGCCCCCAGCCUUCUCAGGUCACGAUCUCUGAGCUCCACCCCUGCACCAACGCCACCAAGCUCAACUACUUUGACGACGGAAGCAAAGCUGGCUUUGGCAUCUCAGUCAUCUGCCUGUUCCUCUUUCCUGUUGUGAGCUUCUUCAUGGCCCUUGUGGUGGCCCACUUCAGAAAGUCCAAGUUUAAGAAGUUCCAGAAGAGAGUGGGGCCUGACGACACAACAGAGGAACCUGCUGCUGGAAUCACAGCCUGUGAGUGGCAGGGCCCUAAGAAGCCCCUAUUUCCAGUCAGUCUGUUGAUCGAUGAUAGGAGGAAACUCCAGGUGUUUGACCGGUCUGGACCCGCUCUACGGUCACUCAGCCUGGGUACCCAGACCCACCUGGAUGUUCUACUGUCCAGUAACAAUUACCGCAGGGCUCUGGUGAUGAAAGUACCCAAAGAGUAUGACCUGGUGCUGUACUUUGAGGACGAGGGUCAGCGUGGAGAGUUUGUCCGGCACCUUCGCUCUGAGGUGACAGACGGUGGACAGGAGCUGGCGGUGAGGGACAUGACAGAGAAGGAGCUACUAAGAGAGGCAGUGACCAGAGACCAGAGAGCUCAGAUAGUAGAGAACUUCAUCAGGAGUGCCUUUGCCAAGGUCCUGGAGAUAGAGAAUUGUGAUGCCAGGGACAUGAGUGGUGCGUCCUGUAGGAAGACCCGCGAAGCCCUGGAGACUGAGCUGACAGGAACUGAAUUUGCCGACGCUCUGGGACUCAAACCGGACUCGCUCUUUGUUGACUCCAUGUUCACGCUGGCCGACAAGGAUGGAGACGGAUACCUCUCCUUCCAGGAGUUCCUCGAUGUCAUCGUGAUUUUAAUGAAAGGUUCUCCCGAGGAAAAGUCUAAACUGAUGUUCUCGAUGCACGACAUCGAUGGAGACGGUUUCUUAUCGAAAGAGGAUUUUUCCAGGCUGCUCAGGUCGUUCAUAGAGAUCUCCAGCAGUCUUCUGUCUAAGAGCCGGGCUGAGGAGGCCAUCGAGGAAAUGUAUAAGGCCGCAGGUUUCAACGACAAGGAACAGAUUACCUGGGAGGACUUCCACUUCCUGCUCCGGGACCACGAGAAGGAACUUACCUUCGCUCAGCUUAACAUCAAAGGGAUGGAGAAGGAGAGGGGAAACAAACUGAGUCGGCACCAGCAUGUGUCUUUCAUCAACCCAGAGAGGAACAGGGGGAUCUACGUGUUUGAGAGUGUGAGCUGGAAAGUGGGCCUGGAAAGGGAGCUGCGUUCAGGGGACCUACAGAUCACAUCCAACCUCAUGCUGCUCAUGUCACUACCAGAGAUCACAUCCAACCUGAUGCUGCUCAUGUCACUACCAGAGAUCACAUCCAACCUCACGCUGCUCAUGUCACUACCAGAGAUCACAUCCAACCUCACGCUGCUCAUGUCACUACCAGAGAUCACAUCCAACCUCACGCUGCUCAUGUCACUACCAGAGAUCACAUCCAACCUCACGCUGCUCAUGUCACUACCAGAGAUCACAUCCAACCUCAUGCUGCUCAUGUCACUACCAGAGAUCACAUCCAACCUCAUGCUGCUCAUGUCACUACCAGAGAUCACAUCCAACCUCAUGCUGCUCAUAUCGGGCCUCCAGAGUCCUCAGGUCUACGUGAAGCCUAAGAAGGAGCGUUACAACAGGAGCCCCGUCCAGCAGAAGAUCCAGCAAUUCAAACGCUUCGUAGAGAACUACCGUCGUCACAUUGUUUGCUUCACUAUCGUCUAUGGCAUCACAGCCGGAUUGGCUCUGGAGAGAUGCUACUACUAUGGUUUGCAGGCAUACUCCUCAGGCGUGCCGGAGACGUCGGUGGUGGGUAUCUUGGUGUCGCGUGGUUCGGCGGCGGCCAUCUCCUUCCUGUACCCCUACAUGCUGCUGACGGUGUGCCGUAACCUCAUCACCCUGGGACGAGAGACCUUCCUCAACCGAUACAUCCCCUUCGACGCCGCUAUAGACUUCCACCGCUUCAUGGCCAUGUCCGCCCUCUUACUCACAGUUGUCCAUUCUCUGGGUCAUGUGGUUAAUGUCUACGUGUUCUCAGUCAGUGACCUCAGCAUCCUGGUCUGUCUGUUCCCCAAGGUCCUAGUCAACAAUGGGUCUGAGAUGCCGUUGAAAUGGUCGUGGUGGUUCUUUCAGAGUGUUCCAGGAUUAACGGGGAUCCUGCUUCUCUUCAUCUUUGCGUUUAUGUACGUCUUUGCCACUCAGUACUUCCGACGAAUCAGCUUCCGGGGUUUCUGGCUCACACACUACCUCUAUGUGGUCGUCUACAUUCUGACAGUCAUCCAUGGCAGCUUUGCUCUGCUCCAGGAGCCUCGUUUCCACAUCUACCUGAUCCCCCCGGGACUGCUCUUCCUCCUGGACAAACUCAUCAGCCUCAACAGGAAGAAGGUGGAGAUCCCUGUGGUCAAUGCUACGCUGCUGCCCUCAGAAGUGACAUACCUGGAGUUCAAGCGUCCCCAGGGCUUUGUGUACCGCUCAGGCCAGUGGGUGAGGGUGGCGUGUCUGGCGCUUGGCACAGAUGAGUAUCACCCAUUCACCCUGACGUCAGCUCCACACGAGGAGACCCUCAGCCUUCACAUCCGCGCCAUAGGCCCCUGGACCAGCCACCUCCGAGAGGCAUACGCCCCCACCAACCUGGAACAACUGCAAACAUAUCCAAAGCUGUACCUGGACGGGCCGUUUGGGGAGGGCCACCAGGAGUGGACAAAUUUUGAGGUGUCAGUCCUGGUGGGAGGAGGGAUUGGAGUCACCCCCUUCGCUUCCAUCCUCAAGGACCUGGUGUUCAAGUCCUCAGUCAAGUUCAAGAUACAGUGUAAAAAAAUAUACUUUAUCUGGGUGACGCGGACUCAGCGUCAGUUUGAGUGGGUGUCUGACAUCAUCCGGAAGGUGGAGGAGCAGGACAGUCUGGGCCUGGUCUCUGUCCACAUCUACAUCACACAGCUGGCGGAGAAGUUUGACCUGCGAACCACCAUGCUGUACGUGUGUGAGCGUCACUUCCAGAAGGUGUGGAAUCGGAGCCUGUUCACCGGCCUGCGAUCUGUGACCCACUUUGGUCGUCCACCAUUUGCCUCCUUCUUCAGCUCUCUGCAGGAGGUGCACCCUGAGGUGGGUAAGAUUGGUGUGUUCAGCUGUGGUCCUCCUGGUCUCACUAAGAACGUAGAGAAGGCCUGCCAACAGAUGAACAAGAGAGACCAAACACAUUUCAUACAUCACUAUGAGAACUUCUAACUGGGGAAUACCCAUAGUACACCACUUACUACUGUGCUGAAUAACAACAAUAAUAACAAUGAAGAAAGAACCGUUUAUGAGUCCUUCAGACUAGAUUUUACGACUUGUAAAUUCAUUAAAAUAAAAAAUAAAAUACUGUCUACUGCUUUUACGUAAUAUUUGUCAUUUUCAAUGAUUAGCAAUGUUAUGAGCUAGUCUGUAUUAAAUAGAUAUGUCCAUUUUAUAUAUGAUGUGAUAAUUAACAGAUUGCAUUUUUUGAACCUGAAGAUGAACGGUUUUGACCACUUGAUAAUGUUGGUUGCUCCUGCUGUCACUGUUAGAAAGCACUUGUUGCACCCCCGGUGUAUAAAAUGACAAAGGCACCUGCAAAAAAAUAAAUGUUAUUUUUUUAAAAAAUCCA